AUGACAAAAGAUGGGAUUGGGAAAGGACAGAUGUCCCACUCAUCCUUCCAUACACUCCAUAAUCUGAAGAUAGAUGGUUAUGCACCAAAAAGAAUGAACUCUAUGUUCCAUGAUGCUAGGAAAGUAUAUCAGAUGGCUGCACAGUAUUUGACAAGUGUGUAUAUGUAUGAAACUGGGGGGUGA